GUGUAGGCAAGCAGCACAACAAGCCGGGGAGUGUUGGUGGAAAAAUUGCGUCCACGGUUCCGUCAGUAGGAGAUUUUUUAAUAUGUUUUUUUUGGAGUGUACACUGUUAGCAUGUUGAACUUUUGUUUUUGUCGUGUUCCGCUUCAGUAACAAGGUAACUACGUCAGCGCUGCUCGUGCAGUCCUUUGAUAACAGGAGCAACAUGAGUCUGAACGAGCAUUCACUACAAGCUCUGUCUUGGAGAAAGCUGUACCUGAGUCGAGCUAAACUGAAGGCUUCUAGUCGGACAUCAGCCCUUCUUUCUGGAUUUGCUAUGGUGGCAAUGGUGGAAGUGCAGCUGGACAACAGCUAUCCAUACCCACCUGCCCUGCUCAUUGCCUUCAGUGCCUGCACCACUGUGCUUGUUGCCGUGCACCUGUUCGCUCUGAUGGUCAGCACCUGCAUUUUGCCCAAUAUCGAGGCUGUCAGCAAUGUCCACAACCUCAACUCUGUGAAGGAGUCCCCUCAUGAGCGAAUGCACCGGCACAUUGAACUGGCGUGGGCUUUUUCCACAGUAAUAGGCACUUUGCUCUUCCUGGCUGAGGUUGUUCUGCUCUGCUGGGUCAAAUUUUUGCCUGUGAAGCCAAACAAGUCCAGUAAUAGCACAGUUUCAUCCGGUGUGGCUGCUGCUAUCACCUCAACCUCCAUAAUGGUCCCUUUUGGUUUAGUCUUCAUCGUUUUUGCUGUGCAUUUUUACCGCUCAUUGGUCAGCCACAAGACUGACAGACAGUUUCAGGAGCUGGAGGAGCUAUCUAAUCUGACCAGGCUACAAAACGAGCUGGAUAACAGAGGAGAAUCUUCCAUCCUGCAGUCUCCAAACUCACAUUUUCCAUAGAAAUAGUAUGAGGGACAUAUGGUGGAAGUCUGACUCCUUAGAAUUUUUCUGAGCUAGAAGCCAAAUUGUUGGCUUCUGAUUUCUUUUUUUUUUUCUUUUUUCUUUACAGAAAUGAAAAAUUCUCAUCUAUUUGUUGUGAAAUGUACUUUUCUGUUGAGAGUUGUAUUUUUUAGAACAGGUUUGAUCAACUGUGAAUUCACAAAUCUGCCAUAAUGCAUGGAACUUGAAAUUGUAAAGUCUUAACUGUGCUAGCUGCUUGAUUUAUCACUAACAUUAUGGCCCACAAUAUAUGUAUCUGAACAAUAGUUUUGAAGUUUGUCUGUUGCCUGCUGGACUAAUUUACCUGUUUUUCAGUGAACACUGCAUAUGUUAAUAUAUAUGAUCUGGUUGUGGUUUACAAAACACAAGUAUUUUACUCCCUCUUAUUCACUGUGUACCUGUUUUAUUGUAAUGUUCUCUGUUUUGCCAUAGACUGACUGCCGAAAAAAAAAGUAUUACUUUUAAAGACUAUAUGCCGACAUCUGUAGCCCAGGCUGACUUGUUAGAAAUAAAACACUUUAGUAUGAAACAACAUCCAAAUGUUUAGUGUUUUAAAAAAAUAUCUGAAUGUACUUUAUUAAAAACAAUAUACUGUGUAAUGUUA